UUCACUGUGUUGUCACUGUCAAUAGUUGUUGUCUGUAGUAGCAUAUUAUUAACUAAAACUGUGAAGGCUUGUUUGUGAGUUUGUCUAAUUAACUAAACAUUUUGAAUUAGACCCAAGCAUAAUAAAUAUCUAGGAGUGAUUUUUCUGAAAGGAAUGAGCGGAUACAUCUUAGCCCUAGAAGAAACAAUGUUCUCCAGUGAAAAAUCUAACGCUAUGGUUGACGUUAGAGCUUGCAACAAACCAGUUGAACGAUUGUAAAUGUUAGUUUUUGCUGAGUUAUUAUUUUUCACAAAACGCUGCCAUGAAAAAUAAUCAGUUGGGGUUUCGAGGAGUGAGGAGCUCAAAGUUCCGUCAUGUGUAUGGUUCCGCAGCCAAGAGAGAACGCUGCUACGACAACAUCAAGAUUACCAAAAACGCACAUGACUCGCACUUCUGUGCUGUCAAUCCCAAGUUUGUGGCUGUCGUUACUGAAGUCGCCGGAGGGGGAGCUUUCCUCGUCCUUCCAAUAACUCAGACAGGACGGUUGGACCUGAAUGCAUCCAAGGUGACAGGCCACAAGGGCCCGGUGCUCGACAUCAAGUGGAAUCCGUUCAAUGACAACAUAAUUGCGUCAUGUAGUGACGAUUGUACGGUCAAGCUGUGGUACAUCCCUGACGGAGGACUUACGGCUAACCUCACAGAGUGGCUGAUAGACCUUCACGGUCACAAACGUAGGGUUGGCUAUGUAGAAUUUCACCCGACUGCGGAGAAUGUGCUAGUCAGCGCGGGCUUCGACCAUCUUUUGAUCCUGUGGGACGUAGGCAAGGGAGAAGCUAUGAACGUGAUAGAUUGCCACCCCGAUGUUAUCUACUCCAUGUCGUUCAACAGGGACGGAUCAAGGCUUGCCACAACCUGCAAGGACAAGAAGCUAAGAAUCAUCGACCCGAGGACUGGCUUUAUCAUAAGCGAAGGUACGUGCCAUGCUGGUACCAGGUCUAGCAAAGUAGCCUAUCUAGGAGGCACAGGACGAGUGGUGACUACAGGCUUCUCUCGACACUCUGACAGGCAAGUCUCCGUCUGGAAUGAUGAAAACCUCCAUCUUCUUCAUGAGGAAACCAUCGACUCAUCGUCCGGUGUUAUCUUUCCUUACUACGACCCAGACACCAACAUUCUGUUUCUGGCCGGCAAGGGCGAUGGUAACAUCAGGUACUAUGAGAUCGUGGAUCAGGCGCCUUACAUCCACUUCCUGAGUCAGUACAUCUCAGGCUCCCCACAGAGAGGAUUAGGAUUCAUGCCGAAGAGAGGGUGUGACGUGAGCCAAUGUGAGAUCUUCAGAUUCUACAAGCUUCAUGCCACAAGAGGAAUGUGUGAGCCUGUUUCCAUGAUCGUGCCGAGAAAGAGUGACCAAUUUCAAGAGGACCUGUACCCGGACACGACAGCUGCAGUGGCGGCACUUACUGCUGCUGAUUGGCGUAAUGGCAUGAACCGCGCACCUGUACUCAUGUCCAUGAAAACAGGAGUUGCAGUUUGCACUCACAAGCCUCAAGUGUUUAAAGGUACUGAGUUGUCUAGGUCGGCAACAGCAGACAACAAUUACCGUAUGAAGUACGCCUUCCUCUCUAACCAGACGACACCGGACUACCGACCAAUUGAACUGCUACCUGAAAGUGAGAAACUGCAGAAAACCUCGACCAAUCAAAGUACUAAGUUUCAGCAGAUUCAGACCAUGUUCACCAACUUUAGCAACCAGAGUGAUAUCAUGAACGAAGACUUCAUGAACUUAAAGAUUAUCGAACAAAGCGACUACGAAGACAUUCCGAAGACUGAGUAUGCGUUACAACGAGCCUACUUGCGGCAGAGGGAAGAGUUGAGGUUCCUGAGAAAGCAGCUCGCUUCUCGAGAUCGUCAAAUCAAGGAUUUGGAGCAAGCAGUGGCCAAAUUGCAGCAUCACCAUCGCAAGCACAAAUAAGCUUCUCGAGACAUACAAGAUAGUGAAAAGCACUUUAUAAUGUGAUUGCUUUAAGAUUUUUGCUUUCAGAUUGUUUCUAAGCGUAACGUGUCUCAUUGUGCUCGGGAAGGGCGAGGGAACUCUUGAAAAUUACUUAAUAGUUCUAAAUUAGAUCAAAUAUUUAACGAGUAUUUCCUACAAAACAUGAUUGUGGACCUUAGUGUCAUGUUUAACGAAAUUGUGAUUUUUUUUGGAUUGCAUGAAAAUAUUUUAGUUCAAAAACAUGCAACUAACACAUCUUCUUAUGCGUAUUUAAUUUAAACACCUUUAAAAAUUAAAGGUUUCCACUUUUGGUUGCUUGCAUAUAAUAAACCAGUAUCUUCUAUCAUCUUUGAAGUCAAUUUUUAUUUCAAUAAAAAAUUAAAUCCUCCCGAAUAUCACCAACAAUUAUUUUGACUUAAAUUUCAAUUGCAUAAAGCUUAAUUUUGAUCAGUUCUACCUAGCUGUCCCAAAAUUUUGAAUUAAUAUUUUAAUUUUUUUUUUAUCCUCAUUAAUCUCUAAAGUUUUGUGGAACAGUCAUUUUACCUACUGUAUUUACACUCAAAAUUAAUGAUUUUUCAAAUUUGUUUGUGAAAUUAUUUUCAAUUUUAUUCUAAAAUGGAAUUAAUGAGACUUUAAUAGAAAAUAUUCAUUUAGUCCAAGCAAGUAAGCUAAAUUUCCUCAACUUGUUCCCUUAAUCACAAUGCUUUACAAUGCUGCUUUAUUAAAGCCAAGUUCUUUCAACAAAGCAAAUUGCUUUCAAUGUUUAGGAAUAUAAACUGCUUUUCACUUUAUAGCCAAGAGAACAUUCGUGUUAGUUUAAUUUACAUUCAACCUAUUAUUUAGGUUACUCAACCUUUGUUAAUUUGUGCAUUCCUUGUUGGCAUUUAUUUUAAAGUGUCUGUAUUAGUGAUAAUGCCUGUAUUUAUUUGUGUUUGUACUAAAGAAGUAAUUAGUACCACAAGUCUUAAGUAAUUUGAGUUACAAUUUGUUAUUCUUGUUUUGUGUUUAGAAUUAUCGAGUAGUAUAGCUGUGAACAAAUGAACUACAUCGACGUAUCUCUAUUUUCAUAAAAAAAGCUUUAAGUUAUUUUUAAAGGGAGUUAGAUAGUUUAUUUGUUAUUUGGUGUAUUUUAACUGUUAAACAGUAUGCGGGGAUUUACAUCCUCAGAACUGAUAGUAUUUUAAGUUCUUUUAGUAAAGGUACAACUUAUGAUUUUUAGCUUAAUGUAGGAAUAUGGAGUCCAAUAUUUUGAAUAUGCAGACCUUAAAGUGUGUGUUUUAAUGUUGAUAAGAUAGAAGAUACAACGAUCUAGUUUUACUACAGGUUUUAAAGUAAUUGGUAUGUAAUUUGAUGUUUUUAAGUGAUUGGACAUUGUAUUUUUAGCAUGCAGAAGUUUUAAGAGUUUUAAUCAAACCUUGCGAGAUUCAUGUCAGGGAAUACAUUCUGAUAGCCUAUAAUACAAAGUGAAUGAUAAUAAAUUGUUGGAUUGAAGUAUGGAAUUGGUAUUGACAAUAUUUUCAUUAUAGUUUAGGGUUUUCUAACAAGUCACAUAAUAUCUGCACAAAUUUGUAACGGAGCAAUUGUAACAAAAGCACUUCUUACAUAAUACUUUCCAUGAAACAUUCUUAUUACCUUCAGUUAGGUAGGUGUUUUAAGUUACUUGCUAUCUGUUAAAAUUACUGUCAUUGAUAAGUUACCUGUUUAGUAAUUGUUUAGGUGUAUUUUCUGUUCUCGAUAUUUUAAUUGUUUGCGUUGUAAACUCUUCAACUGUACUGCAGGCUCUAAAUUUUAAUAGUUUGUAAGUAUUUGAGGUUUUCCCAACCGAAAAAUUUGUCAAAGUACACAAAACAUAAUUAAUUUUUAACUCGUGUGUCUGGAUGAAAAAUAAGAACAAAUUAGCAUCCAAUUUUAUGUUAACAUGGUCAAUUAAUUUAGAUUACUAAUUUAACACGUUAACACGUUAUUGUUAACGUCAAAUUGUGUAAACGGUUUCAAAAUUCCUUAGUUUUACUUUGAUACUGGAGUUUGUUUCUGACAAUCAAAAACUAAGUUAAAAGGACUAUCGAACAAAUAAAUGUAGAUGUGUUAUAUGACCUGCAGUACUAGUUACAUCUACUGCCAUUUACCAUUAAUGUUAAGUAUUAUUCCAUCUUGACUGAUUUACCCUCAGUGAUAGAACACCAAAUGCUAAUUUGUAAGCUUUCCGCACCUUUUAAUUCUCACUUUAUAACUUUGGUUUUUGUACGUUUCAAUAAAUGUUUCUGUGAGUUCAAA